UCACUUAUAUCACUGAACAUUUCCAUAUUUGAUUUAAUGACAUAUUAACAUUAAUAUAAUAAUAAUAGAUUAACUGUGUAGAUCUUACAUUAUUGAAACUGCUUCUCACAAUGUAACUGUUAAGGUUUGGGAGGAGGAGAAAGGAAGAGGGAGAGAGAAAGUUGUGUUAGAAUUAGUGGUAAAAUUUAUGUACACAAAUAUUUUUAAGCCCAUUGUCUAUAUUAUUUCCUCCAAUAUUUAAUCAAUUUAAAUUCCUGUGUGCCCAAAUAAAGUACAAAAUUGUUAGCAUUUGAUCUGAGUAAAUAUUCCUGCUUCCUUACUCCAAGAAAGAAUAUAGUUUUCCAUGCAAACUAAAAUACAGAACCUCAGUCAGGAAUGAUGGUCCAUUAUCACUCAUCCAAAGCACUUUCUCUAAUCUUUAUUGUUAGCCAGAUUACCUUUGAUAUUGCUAGACUUAUUAGUGCUAUGUGGGUCCAAAGGAAUCACAAACCUGAUUUGGGCUCUGGGGGACACCUGUUCAUUAUAUAGAACUUCUUCUCACUGAGUGGUAUACUUUCUUUACUGAAGUGGGCCUUUUAAAAAGUGAUAUGGCCACUUGAAUUAGAUGUGAUGAGACUGAAUUUAUAUUAUUUUGCAUCCAGAAAGAAUACAGGUAUGUCCUACUUCUGAAGAUUCAUGUUAUAUCACUUUGCUUUUAUGCAAGACCUGCAUUAGGGCUUUCUUUGUAAAAGUGAAAAUCCUCUUCAGAUUUCUACUGGUUUAGCUUUCAUCUUGACUCUCUUCCUUGAACAUCAUUUCCCUCGAAGUGUGGUGUCUACCUGAAGAACAUUUUAUUUUAAAAGGAAAGAUGCUAUCUCCAAAUGAUAAAAAGUUAGAAAAGCUGGAUCCAUUUUAUCGACCUUCUAUGUCCAAGCAGAAGACCAGUGCAGAGAUCAUAAGUGAAGCACGAAAUGCAUUAAGAACAGUUAGGACCCAACGACCAUUUACACCACGGGAAGACCAAAGAAAGCUAUUUGGGCCUGCAUCUUCAAGAACACCAGAAAAUAGACCUCCUUCCUCCUUUAGCCUCCAUGCAUCCAGUUUUGAGUCAUCUGAUACCAGACCUAUCUCCAGUGCUCGUCUCAGUCCGCUAGAGCUUAGACCGAAAGCUCUGGCAUCUCCCGCCCCGGCGGAGGACCCGUGCCUUUCCUUUCCCAAACCCCCAGUGGACGCUGCAAAGAUGAGAAGAAUAAGCAGUGCCCGGGCACGCUUAUUCAGGGCGGCCUCCCAGGGGGCUCUUCUGCCUGACAGGACACUUCCUCCCGCUGAGCCAAAGAAGACAGUGGAAUCCAAAGAAACUGUUGUGAAGGGGGACCCUAUGGUGAAAAUAAAUAGGAUUUAUUUAACAGAAUCAAACGCCAUGGGCCACUUAAAGAGUCACCCACUUCAGCUAACUUACGAUGGAGGCUUCAGUGAAAUUCAGGAGCAAGAAAUGUUUAAAGGGACAACAUCCUUGCCAUCUCAUCUCAGAAGUGGAGGGGAGCAGGGGAAGAGGUGUUCGAGAGCCUCAUCAUAUUCCAGCAGCUCAGACGUGAGCCGACUGGAAGCCAGAGCAGUCUCAAAAGCCAACUUGCAAGAAAAGGAUACAGAAAUAGAAGUAGACGAAGUCUUUUGGAAUACAAGGAUCGUACCAAUUUUGCAUGAAUUAGAAAAGGAAGAAAACAUUGAAACAAUUUGUGCUGCUUGCACACAACUUCAUCACGCUUUAGCAGAAGGAAACAUGCUUGGAAAUAAGUUUAAGAGAAGAAGUAUUCUCCUGAAGACCCUAUAUAAACUAGUUGAUAUUGGUUCAGACUUGCUCAGCCUUAAACUUGCAAAACUUAUUCUAGCACUUAAAGUGAGUAGAAAGAAUCUCCUUAAUGUCUGCAAACUUAUAUUCAAAAUUAGCAGAAGUGAGAAGAAUGACUCUCUGAUUGAAAAUGACAGCAUUCUGGAAUCAUUAUUGGAGGUCCUGAGAAAUGAAGACCUGCACGCUAACACUGAAGCUUUUUUAUACUGUAUGGGGGCUAUCAAAUUCAUUUCUGGAAACCCAGGAUUUCUCGAUGAAAUGAUCAGCAAAGGUGCUGUGGAAAUAUUGGUGAAUUUGAUAAAGCAAAUCAAUGAGAACACCAGGAAAUGUGGCACAUGUCUGCCUAACUCAGGCCACUUGUUAGUCCAAAUGACUGCUACACUGAGAAACUUGGUUGAUUCACCACCAGCAAGAAGUAAGUUGCUAAGCAUCAGUGCCCUCCCCCAGCUCUGCACGGUGAUGGGACAGUACAUGGCUGACAAGGAUGUCUGCACCAAUAUUGCCAGAAUAUUCAGCAAACUUACUUCUUACCAUGACUGCUGUGCAGCCUUGGCCAACUGUUCCAGAUGUUAUGCCUUGUUUUUGAAAGUGAUAAACAAAUACCAGAAGAAACAGGAUUUAGUUGUCCGUAUUGUCUUUAUUCUUGGCAACCUGACAGCGAAAAAUCACCAGGCUCGUGAACAGUUUUCCAAAGAGAAAGAGAGCAUCCCAACCUUGCUGUCGUUAUUCCAUACAUUCUACAAACUGGACCUGUGCGCCGAGGAGCAGGCGGGAGGAGCCCAGCAACCCAAGGUGCAGAGGUCACGGGCCCCCGCGGAGGACGUGCUCAUCAAGCUGACCCGAGUACUGGCCAACUUAGCCAUCCACCCUGGCAUCGGCCCGGCCCUGGCCACCAACCCGCACGCCGUGGGCCUGCUCCUCACCACGCUAGAAUACAAGUCAAUUGAGGAUUGCGAGGAGCUGGUGAUCAAUACUACAGCCACAAUCAACAACUUAUCUUACUACCAAGUGAAGAAUUCCGUAAUUCAAGACAAAAAGCUAUAUAUUGCUGAAUUGCUCAUAAAGCUUCUUGUGAGUAAUAACAUGGAUGGAAUCCUUGAAGCUGUGCGUGUUUUUGGAAAUCUCUCCCAGGACCAUGACAUCUGUGAUUUCAUUGUGCAGAAAAAUGUACACAAGUUCAUGAUUGCACUGCUCGAUGCUAAGCAUCAGGAUAUUUGCUUUUCUGCCUGUGGCGUUCUCCUAAAUCUCACUGUGGAUAAAAACAAACGUGUCAUCCUAAAAGAAGGAGGUGGCAUUAAAAAGUUGGUGGAUUGUUUAAGACAUUUUGGUCCUACCGAUUGGCAGCUGGCCUGCUUGGUUUGCAAAACUUUAUGGAACUUCAGUGAAAAUAUCACCAACGCUUCAUCAUGUUUUGGAGAUGAAGACACCAACACAUUGUUAGUCCUGCUACCAUCAUUUUUAGAUGAAGAACUAGCACUGGAUGGCAGUUUUGAUCAAGACCUAAAAAACUAUCACAAACUCCAGUGGGAAACAGAAUUCAAACCUGUGGCCCAGCAGCUCCUGAACCGAAUUCAGAGUCAUCAUACCUUCCUGGAACCACUGCCUAUUCCUUCUUUCUAACAUGAUGUAGAUUAACCACAGAAGCAAGAAGUCAGGUCUCCUUCAUUCUUACGGAGUGGUAACAUGCAUGAACAUUUGUUUUUCAGUAUGGACAAAUAGUGAAAGUUUUUCAGAUACUGAUUUUAGUGAGUAGUCUAAGUAUCUUAGAAGAAAUAGGCAUUUCUUCUCAUUAGGUAGGUAUUAUGGAAAAAUGAAUAUAAAUGUGCUCUCUGCUAUGAGAAAUGUAAGAUGAAAAUAUAUUCACAGUUUUUCAAAGUACA